AUGUCCAGCGUACGCAAGAAGCGCAAUUUCAAGGGGCUGCAACUAGGCGAGUCACCCCUCUCCUCCACCACACCCUCCCUCUCCGCCUCUUCCUCGUCUUCAUCAGCACUAGCAAGUAGCAACGCAGCAGCAGCAGCAGGUCUCAGCGGGUCCGCAGAAGCCUCUCCCUCCUCUGCUUCCUCCUCCCACCUCUUUCGAACGAUCAAUUCGCGUACAACACCCAACUCUUCGACGCUCUCUCAAACCUCCUCCUACCCUCAAUCCGCCAUCGAAAUCGAGUCUGCCUCUGGCGCUAGCUAUCACAAUACCCUCACUGAGCAGCUCAAGAAUUUGGAAUUGGGAGUGGAAUACAAGUUGGAUUUAAAGAAUGAGGAUUUAAAGGUAUUGAAUGAGUUGGGGAGUGGGAAUGGAGGGACGGUAUGCAAGGUUGUGCAUGAGAAGACGGGCACGGUCAUGGCCAAGAAGACGGUCUUCAUCGAUGCCAAACCAGCAGUGCGGAAACAGAUCCUUCGAGAGCUUCAAAUCCUCCACGAAUGCAAUUCGCCCUACAUUGUCAGCUUCUAUGGGGCAUACAUGAAUGAGCCUCACAUUUGCAUGUGCAUGGAGUACAUGGAUAAGAGCUCUCUGGAUACCAUCUGGAAGAAGUGGGGACCUAUACCGGCCGAUAUCUGUGGGCAAGUGGGACUGGUAGUCGUCCAUGGCCUUACCUAUCUGUACGAUGUUCAUCGCAUCAUCCAUCGAGAUGUCAAGCCUUCGAACAUUCUGGUCAACUCACAAGGGCAGAUUAAGCUCUGCGACUUUGGAGUGUCAGGAGAGCUGAUCAAUAGCAUCGCAGACACUUUUGUCGGGACAAGUACUUACAUGAGCCCGGAGCGUAUUCAAGGUGACCAAUACAGUGUCAAGUCGGACGUCUGGUCACUAGGGAUUACCAUCAUCGAAUUGGCCUUGGGGCGUUUCCCCUUUGCCGAGGAGGGAGAAGACUCCGAAGAAGGUUACGACUACAACGAAGAGGACGACGAUGAUGAUCUGCGGGGUACACUGAGCCCAAGUGGACACAGUCGGCGGAGUAGGAGCGGCGUCAGUCUCGAUGGAGGCGGUGGAAGCUCGAGUCAGAUGAGCAUGCUAGAGCUCCUACAACGCAUCGUCAAUGAACCUCCGCCAAGACUACCCGCAAGCUCGUCCACGUCCUCCACUUCCUUCCAAUCGUCCUCUUCAGCCACCUCUGGUAGUGGUGGUGGAGGUUCCCGCACUAAAUCCUCCCGAAUCACCUUUCCCGAGGACCUCUGCGCCUUUGUGGACCUGUGUGUCAGUAAAGACCCCAAUGUGCGGCCUACACCAAAGGAACUGACCAAGCAGGGGUAUAUGGUCAAGUGUGAGAAGAGGAAAGAGACGGGAUUGGUUGAUGUCAAGGGAUGGGUGGAUCGACUUGUGUGA